CAAUAAAACCUUUAUUAUUCUAAAAAUAUUGUUUUCCAGCGGUUCCAAAAAUACGCUAUCGGCAAGUGAUUCAAAAAGUAAUAAUACAUUCAUCUAAAAAUAAUCGAACACAGAAAUACCAAAAAUAAUUGUGUUUGACAUUUACUUACCCGAAAAAAGUGUAGCAUCCAAAUAUAUCGUGCCGUUCGCACUAUGGCCUUGCUCUGUCGCCAGUCCAACGCUUCUGAAAGCGAUCCAUUCUCGAGACUGACACAAAAUCAUUGUCUAAAUAUGGAGUACGCAACAUCAUCGCGACGGCGGGGGGUGGCCUCAUCGGAAUGCAGAAUGUAUCAAACUCUUCACAAAUCUGAAUACGCCCUGACUGAUAUCGUGCAAGGCUGGGAAGGGUUACAUCAAUAUAAAACACUGCACGUCUGUGAGGAUAUCAUUCAGCUCGAUCCAUUGCAUUGAACAGCAUCUCUCAGGAAAAUAUACUUUGGUUAUUAAAUAUGGUUGCUUUAAAGAUUGCGUCUGCCCUAGCCCUGCUGUCCGUGGUGUCAGCGGGUCACCUGGGCAACUAUCAAGCAGCCCCUGGCUACAACUCAUUCGGCGCAGCGCCCGGCUACACCGGCGGUUACGGUGCUCACAUCCCCAUACUACGAUAUGAGAAUGUCAAUAAUGGCGAUGGGACCUAUAGAUACAAUUAUGAGACUGGCAACGGCAUAUCAGCGCACGAGAGCGGUGCACCUCGUGCACCCGGCCCCGAAGGUCUCGCUGUGACGGCUGAGGGCGGGUUCUCGUACCGCGCGCCCGACGGCCAGCAGAUCUCUCUCACGUACACUGCUGACGAGAACGGCUUCCACCCCACUGGCUCGCAUCUCCCCACUCCGCCGCCCAUCCCAGAAGCUAUCCUGCGCUCCCUCGAGUACAACAGGCAACAUCCUUCUUCUGGCGAGGGAUCCUACAACGGGCGCUACAACCACGGAUACAAUUACUGAACCACCGAAGACUGACCGCGAUCACGAUACACUGCUGAUGAAGAACUAGAAACCUGCAUUAAUAUUGCAUAAGCAUAACUAUUUAUGUUAUUUAUUAUUGAGCUUUAAAUAAAGUUUUAAGUACGAA